AUGAUAGGUGGACAAGUGGCAAAGAUAAUAGCAAGUCGAAAUGAAAGAUAUCCUGUCGGUGCUUACGUCGCAGGAUCGUUUGGAUGGAGAACUCAUACGGUUUGUAACCCUAACAAACCGCCUAAUAUGGGAUUCUUGCCCUUAUACUUGUUGCCGGACAUAAGCCCGCACCCUGUGUCACUAGCUCUAGGAGUACUUGGAAUGCCUGGUAACACAGCUUACUUUGGGUUGAAAGAGAUAUGUAAACCACGGCCUGGAGAAACAAUCAUGGUUACCGGUGCGGCUGGUGCGGUCGGUUCGCAUGUCGGGCAGAUUGGAAAAUUACUAGGUUGUCGUGUAAUUGGAUUUGCUGGUUCAGACGAGAAAUGUGAAUAUUUGGAAAAAGAACUUGGAUUUGAUCAUGCAUUUAAUUAUAAAACUGUUGAUAUUAAGACUGCCAUUAGGGAAGCGGCACCAAAUCGUGUCGAUUGCUAUUUCGACAAUGUUGGUGGAGAAAUAAGUUCAACCAUUAUGAGUUACAUGAACAAAUAUGGACGGGUUGCAGUUUGUGGUUCCAUAUCAUCUUACAAUGAUGCCGUUCUACCAAAAGUAACAAUAUUGCAACCGGCUAUCGUUUUUAAAGAAUUGAAAGUAGAGGGAUUCCUAGUUAAUCGAUGGACCGAUCGUUGGAACGAAGGUAUAAACGCAAAUUUGGCUUGGCUACAAGAAGAUUUUCAGAAGGAAGUGUGGAAUAAACUUUUGGAAUUACCCUAUGGAUCAACUACUACUUAUGCAGAACUUGCUAAAGCUCUAGGCAGACCUGCAAGCCAUGCAAGAGCUAUAGGUGCAGCUUGCGGUGCUAAUCUUCAUUUAAUGGUGAUACCAUGCCAUAGAGUAGUUGCUUCUUGCUCUAAAGGAGGAUUCAGCUGUGGCUUAGACAGAAAAGAGUGGCUUUUAAAACAUGAAAAGAAAUAUUCUUCAGUUGAU